AUGGGUGCAAGGCGGGAACAGGGAGGAGAGGUUGCAAGGGUCUCUGUCCUUGUGGUGUUUAUAUGGUCUUUGCCUGCCUUUGUUUGUCCUGCUCAGUCAACUUUAGACAACUUGUACCUUGGUGUAGGCUACAACAUGGUUAAAGGGAAUCCAGACGGCGGGGAAUGGGCAAAGCUUGGACAAGACCCUGGUUUGCUCCUGACAAGAAACAUUCUGGAGACUGAGAUUGACGGAAGUUCAUAUAUCAAAAAGACGGCUUACCCACGUUGCACGCAGAUGUCGUCAACUUCCGUCUUUUAUGACCCUGAGUCGUACAAGGAAUAUAUUCUUCAUUACAUAUCUACAACAGAUAGCGGAAUGGCACCAGUCAGCAGUUACGCUUUCUCUGCUAAUCCACUUUAUCAAGAUAUUAAGCAGAAAACCUUGACUCAAUAUGACGUUUUUCGAGAUGAAAUCAUUUCCUGUACAUCAGAGCAUGCUCGAUAUGUUCUUCCGGUGGGUCAUGUAGAACGAAAUAUGAUCACACAGGAAUUCGCUCGUGAUGUGUGUCAACUACCAAUGAUAUAUGAUCAGAGUUCUUACAAAGCUUUUAUUGACACCUGGGGAACGCACGUCACCAUGGAGGUGGAUCUAGGGGCGCGGAAUGUAACAAGAUAUCGCCUUUCUAUAUCAGAUCUGGAGGAAUACUUAUUGAAAUUGGGAAACGAUGGCGCUGCUAUAUUGAAAACGGAGUCUUUAUUAGGAUACGGAUCCGUUGUGCAGUUAAACAUGUCACACCUUCAUCAUAGUGAUUUUCCAAAGCUUCCCCUUGGAUCCAGUCUGGCCCAGUUCAGUACCGGGUUUCCCAUAAAGGCUCCCAUUUCUUGGGCCAUGAUACCAAUAUCUGACAUCAUAGCGGAAAAAUACUGGCAAGUCCAGGACGUUCUCGUUGACAGUGGGAUCUGUAAAGUUAUUAACCUGACUGUAUGGAAGAAUAAUAUGGAGAGAGCCUUGAGUGAAUACCCGACGCUCAUUGGUGGAGAGGUCCCUCCUUCGUUAGAAAUUAAGCUUCCGGUGACAUGGCCUUCUGGGACCUAUGCACUUUACAUGCCUACUUCCGGUUGUCCGACUGAUCCGUUGGACUUUGUAACCGGUUAUUUGACUCAAGAUACGGAAGACCGCCGGAAUAGUAACCAAUGGACACCGGGGAUACAUAUGACAGGACCUUUAAACCAUGAUGCUAUCACGACACGUUUUUGUGUUAAACAAACCCCAACUGUGAAUGAAUACAACAGAAAGUGGCCAACGGGAAACUACUGUAUCGCAAAGAAAGGCGACUGUCCAUACGGGUUCGGCGCUGGUUAUUUACACUGGGAUGAUGAGGAUGGAAACAAUGAAAAUCAUCAUGGAGGUAUUCUACCGGACGGUGGUUACUCCCAUAACACUGAUAUCUGGUACUGCUGCAGACAAGAUGGUCAUCCUCAAACUAAGAUAUUGUUGCCGAUUGACAAGCCUUUCUACCUCCUCCGCUUCACCAGUGGAUGUCAGCAGGUGCUUGGAAUGCAGGUAACAGAAGAGGUCAUCUUCUUUGAUGAUGAAGAUGGGGCGAAUAAAGACUCGUGCGGAGGGGCUCAUCCAUUCGUUGAUUCGGGUUGCAGUCAUGCGAACAUGAGGCUCCAUUUCUGUUACUACAGUAUAAAACCAAACCAAACAGCAAUAUCGAUUCCCGGAAUUCUUGGCUGAUUCGAUUGUCAUGUGACAUUAAUAAAAUUUUACAAAUAAGUGUAUUUAUAUUAUAAAAUAAAAUCAGCAUAUUA